ACAUAUAAAAUGUGCUUAAAAGGAUAAGGACCUAUCCCCGCCAUUAAGUGCGAGCAUAUUCAUUAAAGAGUUGGCAGUUAGUGUGUUAGCUGCACUCAUUAGCUAGCAGCUAACCCUUGUCCACACGAUUAAAGUCAAAAUGAGUCUGAGAAAACAAACCCCGAGUGACUUUCUGAAGCAGAUCAUCGGGAGACCUGUGGUGGUCAAACUGAACUCUGGCGUCGAUUACAGAGGUGUCCUGGCCUGCCUGGAUGGUUACAUGAACAUCGCCAUAGAGCAGACUGAGGAGUAUGUCAACGGGCAGCUCAAGAACAAGUACGGAGAUGCUUUUCUAAGAGGAAACAAUGUCCUGUACAUCAGCACCCAGAAGAGGAAAGUGUAGUGAAGACCCUCCUGAUUUUUCAUUUUUAUUUUAAAGUGUUUAACGUGUCAGUGGACAACUGUCCUGUUUUUGGUUCUGUAAAGCCUGAAUUCCUAUAGAAUGUUUGUUUUUGCAAGUGGAAUAACUUAAUAAAGCCUGAGUUUUGUUUUA